CCCCGAGACGUUCACGUCUCCCUGACGUCACACGCGCCCUUCUAGGAACUAGAAGCAACAGAGAUCCAGAUGCUGGUGCCGCUACUUUGGCUGGAGAAGAGACCAGCGGCUGGGGACAGGGAAAGAGGGAGAAGCAGCAGAUUCUUCCGGGGACACAGACAGUAGCAGCAGCCAUGCCUCUUUUUACAUCCAACCCAUAUGAUCCUGAUGUAGAGUGAUCCAGCCUUGACAUAAGGAGGCAUGUGUUUAACUGGAGUGGUGGAGAUGGGCUGAUGCCUUGCUUUGGGCCAACGUGUGGUUAAAAUUUUCAGCAUUUGAGAAAGCAACCAGCGAACUUAACACAGCUGAGGACUGGGGACUUAUCCUGGAUCUUUGUGAUAAAGUCGGUCAGUCAAGAACAGGACCUAAAGACUGCCUACGGUCCAUAAUGAGAAGAGUGAACCAUAAAGAUCCUCAUGUGGCAAUGCAAGCACUUACGUUACUUGGUGCCUGCGUGUCGAACUGUGGAAAGAUCUUUCACUUAGAAGUAUGCUCCAGAGAUUUUGCAAGUGAAGUUAGCAGCGUUUUAAAUAAGGGACAUCCAAAGGUGUGUGAGAAGUUAAAAGCUCUGAUGGUGGAAUGGGCUGACGAGUUCAAGAAUGACCCUCAACUGAGUUUAAUAUCAGCUAUGAUAAAGAAUCUCAAGGAGCAGGGAGUCACUUUCCCUGCAGUUGGCUCCCAGGCUGCAGAGCAAGCAAAGGCCAGUCCAGCAUUAGUCGCUAAGGACCCAGGAACAACGGCUACUAAGAAAGAAGAAGAGGAUCUUGCAAAAGCAAUAGAAUUAUCACUAAACGAGCAAAAGCAACAAAGCACUGUUUCAGGUCUAUAUCCCAGCACCAGCCUCCUGACCGCACUAAAACCAGAGGGGAGAAAAGUGCAGGCUAUUUAUGACUUUGAAGCUGCUGAAGACAAUGAAUUAACUUUUAAGGCAGGGGACAUAGUUACAGUUCUGGAUGACAGUGACCCCAACUGGUGGAAAGGCGAAACUAAUGAAGGAAUUGGACUCUUUCCUUCUAACUUUGUCACAGCCGACCUUUCUGCUGAACUGGAGAUUGUAAAAACUGAGAAGAAAACUGUACAGUUCAGUGAUGAAGUUCAGGUAGAGACAAUUGAGGAGGAACCUGAGCCAGCUUACAUUGAUGAGGAUAAAAUGGAUCACUUACUACAGAUGCUUCAGAGUGCAGAUCCAUCGGAUGGUUUGCCAGACCCUGCAGAUUUACUUCACCUGGAAGCUGCUUGCCAUCAGAUGGGACCUUUAAUAGAUGAAAAACUUGAAGACAUUGACAGAAAACACUCUGAACUCUCGGAGCUUAAUGUUAAAGUAAUGGAAGCGCUCUCCUUAUAUACCAAGUUAAUGAAUGAGGACCCAAUGUAUUCUAUGUAUGCAAAGAUGCAGAACCAACAGUUUUACAUGCAGUCAGCUGCUGUUCCGCCUCAACAGUCCUAUCAGGGCCCCCAUCCGAACACUGCCUAUCUUGUUACAGGGAAUGCACAGAUGGGCCAUAUUCAGACCUACCCAGUCCCGGCAGAACAACUUCCUUCUCUAAAUCAGGGAGCCGUUCCACACCCUGCAAGCUCUGAGCUGCCCAGCCAGUCCCCGCAAGCUUCCUAUAAUCCUACAGUGAUCAGUUCUACACCAGGAAAUAUAUACAUGAACCAGGUCACAGGCCAUAGCCUGAAUCCUUCCGCCAGUGCUGCUCCCAUCGAUAUCACUGCUUAUCAGAAUGGCAUUGGUACCACCCAGAACACUAAAAUUGGAGAGAAAACAACAAAUAAACGGAACAGCAUGGAGCUUGCUGGUUUUAACAUGAAACCUUUACAAAGGUCACACUUUCAUGGUGGACAAAUGGUAACGUCCUGUGUUUUGUUUGUGAUCAUAAUAUGCUUGUCGGUUUCAGCUCCAAUAACGACCUCUCUUCCCCAUGCACUAUGACAAGAUAUAACUUAGUGAACCUUUAUCUGUUGAGUAUUAAGAAUAUCAGAGUAAUUAUCCUCGUAAUCGCAUUCUAAGGAGCACAGUAGGAGGUGCAAUAAUGUCUGGCACUUGGUGUUAGUGUGAAACAAGAUAUUACUGACGUCACCGUGGUGCAGUGCGUAACUAAGAUAUAAACACAAGCAACGCGUUUGUAAUUCAAUUAACAUAUAUCAUAGGGAUCUAAUAUUCAUUUUCAUCUUUUACUUAAAGGGGGCUAAAGUUUGACCAAGAAUUGGACUAAAAGUGUUGUUUUCAUGUUACUAUAGGAGACCAGAUAUACAGCUAAGGUACAGUUAGUGUUGAGGAUUUAUACCUACACAGUUUACCCAGGAGCCUCAUCUAUUAUUUCUGGUCAGGCACAGGACAUGCUUCGUCUGCUCUGGCUGCUGCCAAUCUGCUCAAUACACAUCAGCUGAAAGUGACUUUUAAUUCAAACUGAGUCUUUACUAAUCUGGAGUCCACGUUUCCUAAGACUCAAGUAGCAUCUAUGUGCUGACCAUCAAUCCUUAA